UUCAAUUACUCGUUGUAACAUUUUUCUGAUACACGCCGGCGCUCCGUUUGAAGUUUCUACACAAUCUCACAGGAAUUUUAUGCAUAUAAAUUGAAGGAUUCAGAGUACGAGUAGAGUAUUUUGCAGGUCAUAACUCAGGUAAAUAUCGAUGAAUGACAAUAACCUUUCUAGACUCACUGAAAAAAUCACUGUAGGUGCCAUGGAAGACGAAGAGGAUACUCAUCGUACUCCUCCCAAAAAAAAAAUCGAGAGUCGAGAAAAAGAAGACUAAAAUCGUGCAAAGGUUCCGGGAUGAUUGGCUGGAGAAAGAGGAAUUUAAGUUUUGGUUACAACGUGUACCUGGUAAUCUGUGUAAAGCCAGGUGUAAACUCUGUUGUCAUGAGUAUACAGCUGACAUAUCAGUAUUAAGGGCACAUGGACAAACAGAGAAACACAGAGAAAAAGAAAAACCGCUGAAAGACAACAGCAUGAAGAUGACACAGUUUGUUCAACGUGGGAGUGGCAUAGAAGAACCUUUGAGCAUUGCAGCAAAAAGCGCAGAAAUUAGGAUAGCUGCAUUCUGUGCCGAGCACAAUAUUCCCUACGCAGCAUUAGACCACUUAUCAGACUUGCUGAAAUCAUCUUUCUCUGACUCCAAAAUUGCCCACAAAAUUGUUCUCAAACGCACUAAAGAAACUGCCAUUGUCAAAAAUGUUAUUGGUGAGACUGAGAAAUGCAGGCUAGCGGAGAAGUUGAAAAUAACUAAAUUUAGUGUGUUAACGGACGAAUCAACGGACAUUUCAGCAACUAAGACAAGUUGUUUGCUGGCGAGAUAUUUCGAUGAAGAAGAAGGUAAAAUUGUGUCGAAAUUUUGGGACUUAGUACAAGUAUUGCAGCCUGGAAAAGUGACGAGUGCAACAGCUGAACACUUAUACAAUAAUAUCAUUGCAAGUUUCAAAGAGAGGGGGAUCCCAAUGGCGAAUAUCGUUGGUUUUGGGUCUGAUGGUUGCAGUGUUAUGAUGGGUGUGCAUAACUCUGUCGCUAGUCGUUUGAAGCGAGAUUUACCACAUAUCACCAUCAUGAAAUGCACCUGCCACUCAUUGCAUCUUUGUGCAAGCGAAGCAUGUGAACAAUUACCACGUACGUGUGAGGACUUUGCUCGCAAUAUUCACAAUUUUUUUAACAGCAGUUCUAAACGUCAAAGUGAAUAUGUUGAGUUCCAGAUGUUUUCGAAUGUUGAGGUUCACAAGCUUUUGCAUCCUUCCCAGACACGGUGGUUAUCAUUGGCAACGGUGGUUGACAGAAUUCUCGAACAGUGGCCUGCUCUGUUGCUGUAUUUCACUGACCAAUGGCUGACAAUCAAGCUGAAAAUGGCACAGUCCAUUUAUGAGUGUUUGAAUGAUCCCUUCAACAAACUGUUCUUCUUCUUCCUUCAGUGGGUCCUUCCUAAAUUUACUGGAGUCAACAAGUAUUUCCAAUCUGCUAAAGUUGUGAUCACCGAUCUGCAUGAAGUAAUGAUUGACUUAUACAAAACUCUCCUGUAUAGCUUCAUGAAGAGAAACUAUGUCAAUUCACGUCCAUUGUCAGAAGUAGACCCAGAAGAUAAAGUUCACUAUCUGCCAAUGGCAGAAAUGUACUUGGGGGUACAGGUGUUGCUAGGACAGCAGAGCAGACAAGUCCAGGAGCGAUUGGAUUUACUGACACAUUUUCGUGAGAAAUGUCAAGCCUUUUUGAUUUGUGCCUGUGUUCAGAUCAAGAAGAGAGUUUGUGAACAAGAGAAUUAUCAAGACGUGGAUGACCAGUGGCGUCGGUUGUGCUCUUACCCCCUUGGCCAAGAGAUCAAAGCACUGGACACAGAUGUAUUUUGGGCAACAUUAUUAUCUAUACAGAACGAGGGAGGUGUGUACUUGUUCCAGAAUUUGAGUCGAUGCGUCUUGAGUAUCCUAUCGCUUCCUCAUUCCAACGCCGACAGUGAAAGAGUUUUCUCCAAGGUCAACCUCAUCAAGACUAAAUUGAGGAAUCGACUCAUCGUACCCACCGUUCGAGGCACUUUAUUAGCCAGCCAACACGUUCAAGCUAACGGAGGCUGUGCUGUAUUCAAACCUUCCAAAGAGAUGAUAUCAAGAAUGACCAAAGACACUCUUUAUGAUAAGCCGAAGGAAACUAGAAGUACAGCGGUUGACAGCGGGGAAGAGGAUGGCGGAGAUAAUUCUAUUUUCGAAGAUGUCUGA